AUGAAGGUCAUACUUAUCUGUGCAAUCUUGAGUGCCAUCGUCCCACUCUACGCCCUCCCACUCUCAUCGUUUGAAAGUCUCGCUGUUCGUGAGCCGGAACCCUUGCCUGUUGAGGCCACUACCUUGAGUGAGGAUGCCGCUGACGCACCGGCUCUCCAUGGAAUUUACUCCACCUACAAACAAUAUGGUGGUUCGGGGCCAGGAUCAGUUGAGGGAUAG